AGAGAGAGAGAGAGAGAGGAGAACGGAGGAAGUUCGAGAAGGCUUCCGCUACAGCAAAAGGCAAAAGCCCUGCCUACCAAACACAAGUUGGGAAGGAAACGGCGGAGUCGCCGUCGUUUUAACGGCGCCGGCGCCUCCGCCUCCGCCACCUGUCACCGAUGGCUUCUUCCCUCUCAUCUAACUGCAGAUAUUAGUAGACGCCAAGCGCACGCCCAGAUCUGUACUCUCUUCUACUUCCUCUUCUUCUUCGUCUCCCUAACCCUAGUAGAAGAAGAAGAAGGCGAAGGGGUAUAAACUCUAGUAGAGGGAGAGGGAUAGAAGGAUGCGCGGUUACGUGACGCUGCCGAUUGUGAUCGUGCUCGCGGCGAUCGUGUACAUCUACUGCACCACCGUGUUCGUGGUGAUCGACGGGUGGCUCGGGCUGUCCACGGCGGCCGGGAUCGCUAACGCCGGCGCGCUCACGGCGCUUACCCUGAUGGCGGUGGUCACCUAUGGGAUGGCCGUCUUCAAGGACCCUGGCCGCGUCCCGGCCUCCUUCGCACCGGAUAUCGAGGACCCCGAGAGUCCCAUCCACGAGAUCAAGAGGAAGGGCGGCGAUUUGAGAUACUGCCAGAAGUGUUCACAUUAUAAGCCCCCACGUGCGCAUCAUUGUCGAAUUUGUAAAAGAUGUGUUUUAAGAAUGGAUCACCACUGUGUCUGGAUAAACAACUGUGUAGGGCAUGAAAAUUAUAAGAUCUUCUUUGUUUUUGUGCUGUUUGGUGUGUCUGCCUGUAUCCAUUCAAUGGUUCUUCUUAUUUCUAGUGCUUCUCAUGCUCUUCAAAAAGAUCAACAGCAGAAUGGUGAAUCUUUCAAUAAAUCUUAUAUCCUUUGUGGGACUCUGCUGUGUCCUUUAACUGUCGCAUUAAGCAUCCUUUUGGGUUGGCACAUUUACCUUAUCCUGCAUAACAAGACCACAAUCGAGUACCAUGAAGGGGUAAGAGCUAUGUGGCUUGCAGAAAAAGUAGGAAAUGUUUAUCGACAUCCAUAUGACAUUGGUUUCUACGAAAAUCUAGUCUCGGUGCUGGGACCAAACUUCUUCUGUUGGUUCUGUCCAGUAUCAACGAAUAUAGGUUCUGGUCUCCGGUUCCGGACUGCAUAUGACAUUCCGACAUCCAGAUCACCAAUUUGAUAUAAACACGGCAAAGAUAUGCAAAGUCCUAAAGAUAGAAAAAUGUCAAGAGCUAGCUAGAUGGCAAUGGCAUGGGAACUCUCAUUGGUGCUGCCGGUCUAAAGUUAUCCGGCAGGGGUUCCAACUUUCAGGUUACAGGUGUGAGAGGAAUGCGAGCAGGUUAUGCUUCCAGUAAAUCAUGGGAUUUGUAAUCCUAUGUUGUGCACAGACCAUAAUAAGAUGUAUAAUGCUGUAAUUUAGUAUAUUUGUGUUCUUCCUCAGGUAGUAAGUAGUACGGAAACUCCUACUGAUCCAUAAGGCUGUAAACUGUGCAGUUGCUGAUUAAUGCUAACAUCUCCUUUUGCAAUUUU